AUGGCCGACGCAGAACCCCACCGUCAGAUGUCUCUCAUACCAUACACCUCCGACUCACAGGAGAUUUAUGAUUCUGAGGACGAGGGAGCUACCUCACACAACCAGAGCAGUUUUGUCAACCCGGAUUACUUUCGCAUGCUAGCACAUAGUAUACCAAGCUCAGCAGCAACCUCUAGGCCCGCAUCACCACUGAAACAACUUCCAGCCUUGCGAUCUGAUACUCCAAGAAAUAUCAGUGCCACUGGACCUCCUGGUGCAGAAUUCGUUGGUAGCGCACCUUCACCUGGUACAACGAAUCAAGGCAUUAAAGACGACAGUUUCUUGCCAAACUACUUCAAGCAUUUCUUCGUUGAGAAACGCGAGCUAGGCCGUGGAGGUCGUGGAGUUGUGCUUUUGGUUGAGCACUUCCUAGACAAGGUCUCUCUCGGAGAAUUCGCCUGCAAAAGGAUUCCAGUCGGCAAUGAUCACGGCUGGCUGGAAAAGGUUCUGAUUGAGCGUGCCAUGUAUCUUCAUCCUACAACAGUAUUGUAA